AUGCCUCGUUCUUCUCGUACAGGUGAAUUAAUUUUUGACCCCGAGAUAGAGAAGACUGCGCGUAGAACAAGAAAAAAGACCAGACAGCUCAGAGAGGAGCAUUCGAGUGCUACAUCUCUGAGACCUGAGUCAGAAGUUGAACCAACAGAUUCGUUUGGUGACACUUCGAGUGACUCUGACCAGAAGGAAGGCACCAUGGCUAAUGCACGAACAUUAAGAGAGUUGGCUGCUCCUGAUUUAAAUCAGCAGCCUUUAUUCAUUACCUUCCCCACCUUAAAUGAUAACACCCCAUUUGAAUUAAAAUCUAGUCUAAUACAUCUCCUACCAUCUUUUCAUGGUUUACCAGGUGAGGAGCCUUAUAAGCAUUUGCAAGAGUUUGAUGUCGUGUGUAACAGUAUGAAACCCCCGGGCAUUACAGAAGAGCAAAUAAAAAUGAGGGCAUUUCCCUUUUCUUUGAAGGAUUCUGCAAAGGACUGGCUGGUUGCAAGCCUAAGAAAAGAAAUUUGCGGGAUCAAGCAACACCCAGGCGAGUCCCUCUAUGAGUAUUGGGAGCGCUUCAAAAAGUUGUGCAUCAAGUGCCCACAGCACCAGAUAAGUGAGCAGUUGCUCAUACAAUAUUUUUAUGAGGGGCUAAUUUUUAGAGACAGGAGUAUAAUCGAUGCCGCGAGUGGAUGGGUACUAGUGAAUAAGACCCCUCGAGCUGCGUGGGAGUUAAUUGAAGGAAUGACUGAGAAUUCGCAGCAAUUUGGUACGAGGGAGGAUGUCCCAACGCGUAGGGUGAAUGAGAUAAAAACAUCUUCCAUCCAGCAGCAAAUUUCUGAAUUGACAUCCUUCGUACGACAAUUAGCUGUAGGAAGUGCCUCCCAGGCCAAGGUGUAUGGGAUUUGCACUGGUAUGGGUCACUCUAUGGACAUGUGUCCCAUGAUGCAAGAGGAGGGUGCAGAGGACCACCCUAACCUCAAUUAUGGAGGGAACAGGCAGACUAACUUCGUGCCAAAUAGACAACAAGGGUACCAGCAGCAGUACCAACCCCGACCACCUCUGUCACCGAGCUCUAGUCCAUCUUUGGAGGAGAUGAUGAAACAACUGAUAGCAACCAUCUCGCAAAAUCAGCAAAGGACGGAUUCCGAAAUGCAGGACAUAAGAAAUCAGAUGAGUCAAAUGGCCACAAAAAUCAACCGUUUGGAGUCCCAAGUAAAUGGAAGAUUGCCAUCCCAACCUGAACUAAACCUGAAGAACGUAAGUGCAAUGACUUUAAGGAGCGGGAAGGAAAUUCAAGGGCCCGAACUCGUGACUCCAAAGGAUAAGGACGAAGAGAAGAUUGACAAAGAACUUCAGGCAGAGAAUACAAGCACCAAAAAUCCAGUGGUACUCCCUGACCCGAUUAUAGACGUUAAAACUGAUCCCCCUCCAUUUCCUUGCAGGUUGGAGAAACCGAAGAAGCAGGACAAAGAGAAAGAGAUCCUAGAGGUGUUCCGUAAGGUAGAGAUCAAUAUCCCCUUAUUAGCUGCCAUCAAACAAGUGCCGAAGUAUGCAAAAUUUUUGAGGGACCUAUGUGUCAACCGAAAGCGGCUGAGGGGAGACGAAAAGAUCAUUGUUGGGGAGAAUGUGUCAGCAGUUCUCCAAAGAAAGCUUCCACCAAAGUGCGGGGAUCCAGGUAGGUUUACUGUCCCAUGUAAGAUAGGUAAUACUCUGAUUAGGAAUACCCUACUGGACUUAGGAGCAUCGAUCAACGUAAUGCCUAAAUCUAUGUAUGCUUCUCUGAAUCUCGGUCCAUUAAAAGAAAUCGAAAUAAUAAUUCAAUUAGCUGACCGAACAAAUGCAUACCCUGAUGGGUUGAUAGAGGAUGUGCUGGUUAAAGUUAAUGAAUUGAUAUUCCCGGCUGACUUUUAUGUACUUGACAUGGAUGAUGAUCAUUCGCCUGACCCCUCACUUUUGCUACUAGGUAGACCCUUUUUGUGCACAGCACAGACAAAAAUUGACGUUAAUAAGGGUACAUUGUCAAUGGAAUUUGAUGGAGAACUAGUCCACUUUAAUAGUUUUGAUACAAUGGAACAUUCUGUUAACUCUCACCCUGUGUUUGCUAUUCAUGCUAUUAAUCCCUCUGUGCAAGAAUUUUCUGAGUGUUCUUCUAUCAUGACGCGCCCGCGUCAUGAUGUAUAUAGAGCUCAUGAUCAGAAUCGUCAGAGUGGGUUCUUGCCCUCAUGA